CAGAGGGAUUCACAGAGAGGGAAGGAACAAGUGACCGAGGGAGACAGGCGCUUGGAGAGUAGGGUCAAGUUGAACAGGACUUCCUAACCCAAACCUGGGAGAGGUGGCUGCUAUCCAGCGUGGCCCAAGAGGCACCAGCCUAGCGUGUGGAGUCCCCACGUUCGCACAGCCCUGCGCUGUGGCUCGCGGCUGCUGUCUCCAGGAGCUCCCGAUAAGGUCUCACUCCAUUUCUCCUGCUCAGCUCCUGUCUUGAAACUGCAAUAGGGGCUGGAACUCACUGCACGCAGUGGUCAUGGGACCCAGGAUAGGCUACCUGGGUCAGGACCAUUCUCUGGGAUUCCAUCUCCACUCUCACUCCCUGGCUGGCUGUCCCACAGGGCCGGUGAGUGAGGAGCCCCAGAUGCCAGACAAGGACAUCAAGGCCAUGAUGGGCACAGAAGACACACCUGGAGGCAAAGCCAGCCCAGACCCUCAGGACUCGCGGCCAAGUGUGUUCCACAGCAUCAAGGUCUUCGUCCUGUGCCACAGCCUGCUGCAGCUGGCGCAGCUCAUGAUCUCCGGCUACCUCAAGGGUUCCAUCUCCACAGUGGAGAAACGCUUCGGCCUCUCCAGUCAGACCUCUGGGCUGCUGGCCGCCUUCAACGAGGUGGGGAACACAGCCCUGAUUGUGUUUGUGAGCUAUUUUGGCAGCCGGGUGCAUCGGCCCCGACUGAUCGGCUGUGGGGCUAUCCUUGUAGCCCUGGCGGGCCUGCUCAUGGCUCUCCCACACUUCAUUUCGGAGCCAUACCACUUCGACAACACCAGUCCUGCGGACAUGCCGCAGGAUUCCGAGGCUUCCCUGUGCCUGCCCUCAACCUCUGCCCGGGCCCCAGCCUCCUCCAACAGCAGCUGCUCAAGCCACACGCAGGCCCAGCAUCUGGUCACGGUGGGGAUCAUGUUCACGGCACAGACCGUGCUCGGCGUGGGCGGGGUGCCCAUUCAGCCCUUCGGCAUCUCCUACAUUGAUGACUUUGCCCACAACAGCAACUCGCCCCUCUACCUUGGCAUCCUGUUUGCAGUGACCAUGUUGGGACCAGGCAUGGCCUACGGGCUGGGUGGCCUCAUGCUACGCCUUUAUGUGGACAUUAACCGAAUGCCAGAAGGAGGUAUCAACUUGACAUCGAAGGACCCCCGAUGGGUGGGUGCCUGGUGGCUGGGCUUCCUCAUCUCGGCUGGAGUCGUGGCCCUGGCUGCCGUCCCCUACUUCUUCUUCCCCAGAGAGAUGCCCAAGGAGAAACACGAGCUUCGCUUCCGGCGAAGGGUCUUGGCAGUUUCAGCCUCACCUGUCAGCAAAAGUGAGGAUUCCUCCUCUGAGCAGAGCACUGAGGCGUCCCCAGAAAAGAAGGCUGGCCUAGCCCAGAUUGCACCAAACCUGACUGUGGUCCAGUUCAUCAAAGUCUUCCCCAGGGUGCUGCUGCGGACCCUGCGCCACCCCAUCUUCCUGUUGGUGGUCCUGUCCCAGGUGUGCACAUCGUCCAUGGUGGCGGGCAUGGCCACCUUCCUGCCCAAGUUCUUGGAGCGCCAGUUUUCCGUCACAGCAUCCUUUGCCAACCUGCUCAUAGGCUGUGUCACCAUCCCCUUGGCCAUCAUGGGCAUCGUGACGGGGGGCUUCCUGGUCAAGCGCCUCCGCCUGGGCCCCAUGCGCUGCAGCAUCCUUUGCCUACUGGGGAUGCUGUUCUGCCUCCUUCUCAGCCUGCCCCUCUUCUUCAUGGGCUGCUCCACCCACCACAUCGCAGGCAUCAUCCACCAGCCUGGCGCGCAGCCUGGGCUGGAGCGGUUUCCAGGCUGCAUGGAGCCCUGCUCCUGCCCAUCGGACGACUUUAACCCUGUCUGCGAGCCCAGCAGCCGUGUGGAGUACCUCACGCCCUGCCACGCGGGCUGCACAAGCCGGAUGGUCCAGGACGCUCUGGGCAAAAGCCAGGUUUUCUACACCAACUGCAGCUGCGUGGCAGGGGGCAGCCCUGUGCUGGCGGGCUCCUGCGACUCAGCCUGCAGCCACCUGGUGCUGCCCUUCAUGAUCCUGGUCGGCCUGGGUGCAACACUGGCCAGUGUCACCCACACACCCUCCUUCAUGCUCAUCCUAAGGGGAGUGAAGAAAGAAGACAAGACUUUGGCUGUGGGGAUCCAGUUCAUGCUCCAGAGAGUUUUGGCCUGGAUGCCCAGCCCUGUGAUCCACGGCACUGCCAUUGACACCACCUGUGUGCACUGGGCCCAGAGCUGCGGGCGUCGGGCCGUCUGCCGCUACUAUGACAACGACCUGCUCCGAAACCGGUUUAUCGGCCUCCAGUUCUUCUUCAAGACGAGCUCCCUGGCCUGCUUCGCCUUGAUUUUGGCCAUCCUAAGGCAGCAGAACAAAGAGGAGGGGACCAAGGCGACGGUAUCCAGCCCUGGCCUACAGCAGCAGCUGUUAGCAUCAGGGCGAGAAAAGAAGCCUGAAGAAUCCAGAGUGUGAGCUGUCCCAGGGCCCCACCCUAGGCAAGAGUGAUGGCCACAGCGAGGAUCUCCUCUGGUCCCUUUGCCCGAGAUUGGGUGUUGGGAGCCCUGUUUCCCAAUUUUGACUCCUCCACUAACUUGCUGUGUGACUUCAGGCAAGUCACUGACCCUCUCUGGGCCUUUGCUCAUCUGAACCAAGGAGUUCCUUGGGGGACUGCUGUGUUGGCUACUUCUAAAGCAAGAGGGUCUUCCCCCUUCCUUCCUCAGCCAGACGGGCUGACCCGAAACCAGGCUUUCCUGGGUGGAAGGACCACGUAUCUUUCUCCCGGGCCCAGGGAUAGAGAAGUGGACAAGAGUAGGCCACACUGCCCUGCACACAGGAUCCUAGCCCGGCUCUGCCGUUCUCCUGGAGCACCCUCUCUGAGCCUCAGCCACCAUCUCUGUUAGGGGGAAGUGGACUUGCCAGCAUUGCGGCCCCUUCCAGCUGUGACCAUCUGUGUGGUCGGGAUGGACUCAGGCCUCGUCCCAGCCCCGCUCAGCCUGGAGGUGGGGCCAGGACAGCCUUUGUCAAGAAGUGUCCAUUUGGCGCCCCCUGGAGGCAGAGUCCUGAGCUCUGAGGGAGGAGGAAAGGGAGGUGGCGUCACUCUCAGGACAUCCAGGCUGGGCAGGGCCUUCGGGAAAGCUGGUGUGACAGCCCAAGGGCCUUAGCUGAGGCAGGAGGCUCACUCUCUGGGCUCAGGAAGUCCAGCCCUUGCCCUCGGGGAGCCACGGUCUGGGAGAGGCCUAGUGUCUGCCGUAGGGGCUCUGGUGGGGAGGAAGACCCAGGUCCCACACUUAGACACCGUCUAACCCCAAAGACCAAACACGCUCAGCACACACUCCCUGGGACCUGUGUAUCGCCACGAUUUCACACGUUUGACCAGGGCCCACCAAACUCACUGUGACUUUCGGGACUAAAAUUAUAAUUUCACCAUUUGCUCUUAAAGUGCCUGAAAUUUUGUCACCUGGGGCUAUGUAGAUAAUCUAGCUCCUUGACACUCAAGUUUUGGAGGUAACAUCUGGUUCUCCGUGAUGCCUGGGUUGGUCCAAGGACCUGUUCUUUGUAAUGCUCGGGCCUGUUACACUGGGAGCAGUAACGCCUGGCUCUGUGGAAUGAGUGGGUCUGUGGGACGCUUGGAUCUGAACAAACCGGUCCUUGUCUACAUCAGGCCUUGUCUUGUUUUGUGGCCAGUCUUAUCUGGCUUGGUUGUCUCCCUGGGAUGGGGAGAGAGUUUCCUGAUCUGCUCCCAGCCCAUUCUGCUGCCACCACAUACCCCACCUGGCUGGGACCUGCUGCUCAGGAGGCAGGAGAUGGAGCCGACAGUAGUGGUUUCCCAAGCCCUGUGUCCAGCCCUGUGCUGGGGGCCAGGGGAGAAGCUGAGGGGGGUGGGGGGGGGGGCACACGCGGCUCUGGCCCUCUGAGCAGCUCCCAAGGGCAGGGCUUUGAGGCCAGCCCACAUGAAAGAAGCGGGUACAGAAGUUCUAACUCCCAUUUUUAUUCCACUGGCUGAUACCUUUAAACAUUUAACAACUAUCUGAGCCUGUAUCGGUCAAUGCCAAGAAUUUCAAAGUGUCCUGCAACAAGAUGAUGCUGUUCACAUGUUUAUAUUCCUUCUCCUUCCAUUCGUAUGUUUAUAUUCCUUCUCCUUCCCUCCUGUUUCCCAGGUUGUGCAGAAAUAAUCUGGAAUUAUAGAUACAGCUUAUUAUUAAAUUUGUUCUUGCAUAA